GGCCUGCACGUCGGCGGCGGCGGCGCGCGCACGGAGCCGCGGCGGCGGCGGCGCAGCGGGGCCGCCGCGGGGCUCGGCCGGACCGCGCAUGGCGGAGCGGCGGCCGCGGGCCCGGGCAGCGGCGCGGCCGGAGGUUGCAGAAUCAGCAUGUGUCUGCAAUAGUUAAAAAGACAGAAGCCGUCUCUGCCAGCUAAGAAACCAGCAAAGAAACUUCACAAUGGAUGUAGACGAUGAAGAAAACAUGAGUUCGAGCAGCACCGACAUUAAAGAGAACCGCAAUGUGGACAACGUUCCCGCCAAGGACAGCGCCGGGCAGGGCCCUGGCGAGGGCACCCCGCUCUCCAACGGCGGCGGCAGCAGCAGCAGGAAGAGGCCUCUGGAGGAGGGCAACAAUGGCCAUUCCAAAUUCCGCCCCAAGAAGAGGAAGAAAAUGCCUGGCCCCGUUCUGCCCAAGAACGCCCUGAUGCAGCUGAAUGAGAUUAAACCCGGUUUACAGUACAAACUCCUCUCCCAGACGGGGCCGGUGCACGCGCCCAUGUUUGUGAUGGCAGUGGAAGUCAACGGGCAGGUGUUUGAGGGCUCUGGCCCAACGAAAAAGAAGGCCAAGCUUCACGCCGCCGAGAAGGCUCUGCGCUCCUUCGUCCAGUUCCCCAACGCCUCGGAAGCCCACCUGGCCAUGGGCAGGACUCUGUCGGUCAACACGGACUUCACAUCCGACCAGGCGGAUUUCCCCGACACGCUUUUCAACGGGUUCGAGACGCCGGUGCCUCCCGACGCCUCCUUUUACCUGGGCUCCAACGGGGACGGCUCCUUCGGCUCCGGCGGGGACUACGGGCUGCCGCCGCCCGCUGCCAGCGGCCUGUCGCAGUCACCUCUGCCGCCGCCCUCGCCCUACCCCGCGGCCAGCGGCAAGAACCCCGUCAUGAUCCUCAACGAGCUGCGCCCGGGGCUCAAGUACGAGUUCCUCUCGGAGAGCGGGGAGAGCCACGCCAAGAACUUCGUCAUGGCUGUGGCCGUGGACGGGCAGACUUUCGAGGGCUCGGGAAGGAAUAAAAAGCUGGCAAAAGCUCGGGCUGCCCAGUCAGCCCUGGCAUCCCUGUUCAACAUGCAGCUGGACCAGACUCCAUCCCGGCAGCCCAUUCCCAGCGAGGGCCUCCAGUUACACUUGCCACAGGUGUUAGCUGAUGCUGUUGCACGCUUGGUUGUAGAUAAAUUCAGUGAUUUGACAGAAAAUUUCUCAUCUCCACAUGCACGUCGAAAAGUCCUUGCUGGAAUUGUCAUGACAACAGGUACAGAUGUGAAAGAUGCCCUAGUCAUCAGUGUUUCUACAGGAACAAAGUGCAUCAAUGGUGAAUACAUGAGUGAUCGUGGUCUUGCAUUAAAUGAUUGCCAUGCAGAAAUCAUAGCUCGACGGUGUCUGCUGAAAUUUCUGUACACGCAGCUUGAGCUCUACCUAAGCAAUAAAGAAGAUCAGCAAAAGUCCAUUUUCAUCAGAUCAGAGCAAGGCGGGUUUAAGCUGAAGGAGAAUGUGCAGUUCCAUCUCUAUAUCAGUACUUCUCCCUGCGGUGAUGCUCGGAUCUUCUCACCCCAUGAAGCAGCACAAGAGGACCAAGGGGACAGACACCCAAACCGCAAAGCCAGGGGACAGCUCCGGACCAAGAUCGAGUCUGGGGAAGGGACCAUCCCCGUGCGCUCCACCACCACCAUCCAGACGUGGGAUGGGGUGCUGCAGGGGGAGAGGCUGCUCACCAUGUCCUGCAGUGACAAGAUAGCCAGGUGGAACGUAUUGGGUAUUCAAGGAGCCUUACUUAGCCUCUUUGUGGAGCCAAUUUACUUCUCUAGCAUCAUCUUGGGGAGUUUAUAUCAUGGGGAUCAUCUAUCCAGAGCCGUAUACCAGAGGAUAGCAGAGAUAGAAGAUCUACCACCUCUUUAUACACUCAACAGACCUUUACUUAGUGGUAUCAGCAACGCAGAGGCCCGUCAGCCAGGGAAGGCCCCGAACUUCAGUGUGAACUGGACAGUGGGAGACGCUGGCCUGGAAGUCAUUAAUGCCACCACGGGCAAGGACGAGCUGGGCCGAGCCUCGCGGCUCUGCAAGCACGCGCUCUACAGCCGCUGGACACGCGUCCACGCCAAGCUUUCCUCCAGCCUGCGCUCAAAGAUCCUCAAGCCCAACCUGUACCACGACACCAAGCAAGGAGCCACUGAGUAUCAAACUGCUAAAGAGUGUUUGUUUAAAGCAUUCCUGAAGGCAGGACUUGGCGCCUGGGUGGAGAAGCCCAUAGAGCAGGAUCAGUUUUCUCUCACAGUCUGAUUCACAAACUGCACAUCACUUUGGAAGGGGAGUUGUUCUGGAGAUUCCUGGUGUCCAGCAUUGCUUUCUGGCAUCUCCACAGCCGUCAAAACAUCUUUCUGCUCUUUGGAGUUGGGUUUCUUUGGGUUUUUUUGAAACUUCACAGUAGCUGUUUCUGUUUUGCCUAUUAAGUAUUGAAACUCAACGAUGAUCCAACACAUAAUUGUAUAUUUUGUUAUAGGAAAGUAAUUUCUGGUGUAUUUCUAGAAAUACUUUUACUGUAGAAAACUUGCAGUAAGGCUGUCCUUACUGUAUACAAUGACUCAUUUUUUCUGGGUUAAAAUAAUUUCUUUUUUAAUUCAAUGUCAUCAAGUGCAUGAAGAAAUUAAUAGUUUCACUAGGUUUUACACCACACUUUUAGGAAGUAGCUUAAUUUUUAAAAAAGAAAAUAGGUGACAAAGCUGAUUCUACUCCUCUGUUAACUUGUUUUUCAACUGCAGAUAUUUUUAGUACAUAGACCACAGAGCCAGAAUGGAGUCUGGACAGCUAGUUUUUUCCCAAUUCCUUGCUCUUUAAAACCAGCUGCUGAAAAUUUCAUGUCUUUGAUGUAUGUAUUUAUUAGUCUGUGAGCCAGUUUUUAACAUGCAGCUUUUUAUUCUGUUUUUAAAAAUACAUUUACCUCCCAUUUAUACCCAUUGUGAAGUCUUCAUUUUUUUACCAUUGUAAACUGGAAACAGCAAAAUACUUAUUUGUAAGUUAAGAAGUUUAGUCUAUAACAUGCAGAAGCCUGUUUAGAAGUAGGUGAUUUGUGUAUCCCAGGAACUCAUCCAAAUACAAUCUUACCUGUAACAGCUUUAAAAAAUUUAAGGGCACCAAGCCUGAGUUGCCAAAAAAACCAGUCACUUGUUGGGUAUUAAUUGCUCUUCUCUGGAAGCUCUUAUUGCAGAGAAACCAGUUCCUAAAACUUAUUUCCUGUGAGUUAUAUCUGCUUUCAGCCAAAUUGUUGUGUCUGAAAUUCCCUUGCCUUUGGGCUUUACAUGUGUGAUGGGCAUCAUGAAGCUAAUUAGGUAAGUUGCUCUCAAAUGUGUGUCCAUCUGUUUUGGCUGUUCCUUCACAGAGUGUUUUUCCUGGAGGUGUGGACACUUCUGCUUUAUGUCCAAAUGUUAGAUAGAAGUGAGAUACUGAGGUUGGAUUCACUGCUGUGUAGAAGGAGCACCUCAGCCCCAGCACCUCUGGAGUCAGCAAGUCCUUGGGGUGUUGGAGACUGUGGGGUAAACCCACUUCUGGCCAAUCCUGAAUGCUAAGGCAUUUAUUUCUGCUCGAGCAGGAACCUGUUGUCAGCUGCAGAACCCGAUCAGACCUGAAAAUCUCUUGUGCAUUGGUUGAAGUCUCUGGGUUCACGUCCUGGGAGGAGGACACUGAGGUGCAAACAGUACAUUUGGGUGGUGCUAUGGUUAAUAGCAGCAUUCCUCUGGGCAGGCAAGAGAGUCUGUGACCCAGGGAUCCCCUCAGGGGAUGGAUGCUUCUAGAGGUUCCUGCCUUUCCCAGAUACCAGGGGGACAAGCUGCAACAGAAGGGCUGGGUUAUAAUUCACCUUCAUGGUGGCUUCAGUCACCCUGCCAGCUUCUCAUUAAAGCUGAGAGCUGCCGCGGCCUCUGCAGGCCAGCAAGGCUCUGGAGUCACCAUCCAGCUGAGGUGUACCCGGACCUCAUCCCAAACAAAAAGGGAUUCAUUGUAUAUGGCCAGAUAUUGCCAGCCUUGGGACUGACCUUGUCUUGGUCAUGUUGCACAAGUUCUGCUUGGGGCUGUAGCUGAGUGUGUGAACACGUUUCUGCAGGGUUCAGGGAAAGGUGGUCACGCCCUGUGUGUUUCCUUGGAGUCAUUGCUGCUCCCAGGUGAAAUACACAUUUUUAAGGGUCUCAUUCAAAAGUUGGUGUCUCUCUGAAUUUUAUUCAGGACUAGAAAAGUAGUAGCUCAAACUAUUUUUUUAUGAAGUCAAAAACAUGAACAAAGUAUUUAAAUAGUAUUAUAGAUGUAGUUUUUUAGAUGUUAAAAUAAACUAUUAAAUUAAGCUGUAACAGAAGUAUGUUCCAUGCCAAAAUCUUUUGACGAAGGAGUGGUAUCAGGUUAUUUAUGAGGAAGAGUUCUCUUGUUGGUAAUUCUGGGGUUUUACAAAGAAGUUUUCCAGGGUUGUGUGCAAUCCAUAUCUGUCUUCCAGGAGUCAAUGAAAUACUUCCUUCAAUCCCUUGUUCCUUUUUGUGCAGUUCACACACGAAGGAAGGAGGGAGAGUUCCCUGGAAAUCAGUCACUGAGCAAGGAGGGAUGGUGGUGUGUAUCAUCUCAAGGGACUGCAAAAGAUAAGGUAACAGCCUCUGGCAGCUGCCAAAUUUUGUAGGAGACCACUUUUGGAAGCUGAGGGCUCUGGAAAGGCUGGCCUGCUGCUCUGGGAGCUGCUUCCAUUCUUUUACUUUUUUUUUCCCUUACAUUUGAUUGAAUAUUUAUAUAAUUAUUUUGAUUGAAUAUUUACAUAAUUAUAAUUGAGUGUUUGUCUCAGGAGCUUUGAAAGGACUUAGGGUAACAACUUUAAUGUUGAUGAAUACUUCAAAUUGAAUUUAAGGUGUUUUUUUCUCCAGAUGGCAGUCUGGCUUGUAGUAAAGUUUUGUAGGUUAGGUAAAUAGAUAAUUUGAAAUAUAGAUGUUUUAAAUAUAUAUAUAUAUAUAUAUAUAUGUUCUGCGGGAUCAUUUUAAGAAAAUCUGGGCCUAAAGGUUAACACUUGAAAUGUUGCUUAUGGCUGUACUCAGGACCUGGUGAUAACUGUAGGUUAUUCUUUCUGACUGUGUGAGUGUAACUGUUGUUGGCAGUGGGGAGUCACAGCAGUGGGGUUUCUGUACAGCUGGCAGUUCUCGUUUUCUCCUUGUCUUGGACAAAUCUUUUUGUGGCUGGUUACUGCACAGGACAGAGAGGUUUGUGUGCAGACCCUCAAACCUAAAAGAACGAACAGCUGAAGGGCUCAGGGUCACGGAGCUGUGCUGGGUUUCAUCAGGCCAGUUCUGGAGACAGGCUGGGAGAGCUGUGGCUGUUCACCAGAAGAGAGGGCUCUGAGGAGACCUUAGAGCCCCUUCCAGUGCCUAGAGGGGCUCCAGGAGAGCCAGAGAGUACCUGGAGUGACAGGACAAGAGGCAUGGCCACAAACCAACAGAGGCUAGGUUUUGAUUGGGUUGUGAUUGGAUAUUGGGAAGAAUUUUUCCCUGUGAGGGUGGUGAGACCCUGGCACAGGCUGCCCAGAGAAGCUGUGGCUGCCCCAUCCCUGGAGGUGUCCAAGGCCAGGUUGGAUGGGGCUUGGAUCAACCUGGGAUAGUGGAAGCUGUCCCUGCCCAUGGCAGGGGCUGGAACUCGAUGAGCGUUAAGGUCCUUCCAGCCCAUGAUUUUGUGAUGUCCAAGAGUGCAUGUAGCCAAGGGAAACCCCCAAAGUCACUGUGCUCUCAGUGCAAGUGUGCACAAGUGAAAGCUGUUGGGUCAGAGUGUUUGGGUGCAUGAGGCAGAGCCUGUGUCAUGGAGUAGUGCUGCCUUUGGAAACCAAACCAUGGCUUGAAAAAAAUUACCAGCCAGGAAUUCAGAAUAUGUUCAAAAAACUGCCUAGACAUGGUCACCACAUAAUUAAAAUUUUGGGUUUUUUAAAUAUCAGUGGUUUUCAAAAUAGUUUUAUCUCCAUUCCUUACAUUAAAGUUUGGAAGGCUUAUGCUUGCAGAGAGGCUGCACUUUGAAUUCAUUCCAAUUUCAUCAUCGUUAACUGUCCACUGUGAAAAUUAUCCCAAAGUUCACUGAAAAGGAGGGAGAGUUGCAAUUCAGGUAUAGAGUCAGAACAAAAAUGUCUCAUGUUAUUUAAAACCUAAAACCCCACAGAAAUAAAAUGUAUAAAAUGUAACUGUUCUGUCUCAGAAUCACUGUGUGGUUUUUGUUGGGUUUCUUUAUCCAUUUAUGUAUUUAUUUUCUGAAGUGUUUUCAGUUGAGUGUAAAUGUUUCCACCCGCACUUUGUGUGCUCCUGUUGGGAGAGGAGGUCAUGUCUGUCCUGGGGCUGGAGCUAGCAGAGGCACAGAGGCUUUGGUAAGAACACAAGGGGGGAUUUUAGAAGGGAUGCUGAAAUUUGUGCCACAGGGCUGGAAGGGGGAAGUUUCCUGGGCUUGGUCCCUGUCCUGGCUCAGUGGGUUGGAUGUGCCACAGCUCGUGCUGAGUCAGCAUCUGAUGGAAGCAGGAGGAGAGAGAAAUGGAAAGUCACCGGUUUCUAACGGAGAAAUGAUGGCAUGGGAUGGGGAUUUUGUUGGAGACGCCCAUGGGCUGCAGGACAGGGACCAAAGGAAUUGCCCACCUGGCAGCAGGUGCUCCCAGCCACUGCUGUUCCCAGAAAUGUCACAGCUCAGCUCAGAUGUACCAGCUGUGUGUGUACAUCUGAGGCUUUUGAGGUUCGCUGGGCUUGCUGCUCUUCCUUUAUGCAAACAGCUGGAGUACUUGCAGCAAUUCUGGGUUGAUUCCCCAUGGGAGUGAAUUGUGUGGGUCUCUGGACAGGCAGGCUUGGUGUUUGGAGCUGCAGGAGCCAGAGGAGUUCAUCCCUAGGCAGAUGUUUGUCCCUAAAACCCACCUGGGGGGAUGAACUCUGGCAGUUUUCCCUCAUUGCAUCCACUGGCAUCGUGUGCUGGAGUCCAUGUGGUGCUUCCAAUGAAACUGCUUCUUCCAUGGGUUCUGUCUAGCUGGGAAUGGUACAAACCAAUCAUCAGGGGCUGCAGGAGCUGAGCUGGGCUGGGAUCCUGGGCCUGGCAGGGUGGUGGGCACCAGGGAGGGCACACAUUUCUUGUUGGAUCGUGUCAGAACUGUGUUUGUCAGAACCUUUCAGCCAAAGGCUUGUCCUUAAUGAAUGGGCAGUUAAUUGCACCAACAGCAUUUGUGUUUGCAGGCAUUGGUUUUGUGGGUAGCUGCGUUUUGUUUUCUUCAGUCAUUCCAGGAAAGAGGCAUUGAGAGCCACGUUAGCAGCCAGCCUCAGCAGAUGAAACAGUUUCAGUAAUAUCUAUUCUCUCAUGUUUUUGUGUUUUUAGUAUCUUUGUCGCUGUCAUACCAAUAUCAUUUUUGUUGCAGUUUGGCUGAGACAUCCUCAGCAAGUUUAAGAUCCAGUGUGUGUGUGUGAAUAUGUAUUUAUACAUACGUAUGUAUAAUAUUGCUGUAUAUUAUUUGCGUUAAGCAGUUGCUCUUCCCCAGUCUCCUUUUGUGAUGGUGCAAAUACAUCAGCUUUACCUACCUGGUGUAAGGUUAUUAAAGAACACUCAGAUACUGCCCUUGACAUUCUCUCCAUUCAUAACCCCAGAUUUGAAGAGGAGACCUCGUUAUACCUCUGGUUUGUCGCUUUCCUUCCAGCAUUCUUGUCCUUCUCCCGGUGUCACUGCUGAAGCCCAACCCCUUGGUCAAUUAUUUUAAGCAAUGACUGUUUUGCAUACUACCUUGCUUUGUUUAAGUAAUGUUUGUACAGAGAUUUCAAAAUAUAAAGAGCUAUAUAAUUGCUAAGUUUCAUUAUUAUUUUUUUUUAUGUCAGUGUUGCUAGUGACAGCAAACAAUAAGUGAAAUGUCACAAAAUACAAAACCGCCUUAAGGUGGCGGUUUUGGUUACAUCCUGUAGAGCUGGUGAGAGCAUGGGAAAGGGGUGGGCAAGUGGCAGGUCUGUGACUCCAGUGUGGACACAUGGUCUGUGUCAGGUCUGAGAAGGGCUGUGCCACCUCUGGUGUGUUUAAAACUGGCAUUUUGCACUCAGAUCCCAAGUGGGAUCCUGAAAACCUGUAGGUGGUCACCAGGGUUACACCCCAGCACGUGUCUGCCACUGGGUUUGGAUCCUGCCCGUGGUGGUCGCCCUGAGCUGCCGCCGUGGGCUGCCAGCACUGCCACUGCCCCAGGAGGGGACCCAGCUCCCCAGCGUGGGGCAGCAGCAGCCCAAACACCUGACAGCCCCCUUUAACCUGCCCCAGCAAAGCAGGAAGGGCCAGUCCAAAUGUGCUGCUCCUGCAUCCUGCUCAAAGGAUGCCUCUGGAGAAUCCUGGUCUCAGCAGAUCAGGCAGAAAUGCCACUCAGAUCCAGGGCUGCAGCACUGGCUGAGGAGGGGCUGGGAGCCACAGGCACAUGGCACCCCUGGAUCUGGACCCCUGGAAGCAGGUGCACCAGCUUGGCUUGCAGAGAGGAAAUGCAUUUUAAAAAAGAGGCAGAUCCAAGACAGUCCUGCUCCACAUCCUGCUUCUUGUGGGACUGUUCAGAUAGCAGCCUAUCUAAAGCCUAUCCAGCUUGUUUUCCUUAUCAUCUGGCUUAUGAGAUCAGUUUGUGAUUGGGAGCAUCAGUGUGAAAGAGGUUUCUGGCUUGAUGGGUUUAGGCUGGACUUGGUGACUUGAGGUUUUUUCCAACCUGAUUGCCUCUGUGGUACUGUCACCAAGCACUUGCACAGCCACAGUUUGGAGGUGGUGGACGAGGGGCACCACAUCAGAGGCACCAUGCCCAGAGCAGCUCCUGGGUAAGCGUGGUUCCCCCAGCCUGUGGCACUGGGUUUUGUCCAGCCGGGUGACAACUCCACCAGGAUUCAUUGCACCAGGUUCAGUGGCUGGUGCUUGGUGUGGAGGGCAGUGAUCUCCAGAGGCAGCAGAGGGAGGGUGCUGGUGGCUGGAGCAGGAAGGGCAGGUGCAGAAGCUCUUCCCCCGCAUGUGAAGCUGUGUUUGCUCCAUUUCACUUGGAAAUCUGUAACUUGUAGCAGAGGAAGGUUGUGGGAAAGCUGAGCUGUGUAUUAUUGGAAGCACUCGCCUGUGGGUACAGUGGUAAGUUUAAAUGGAUUUUUUUUCACUCUCUUAUUUCUAUCACAGCCUCAUGGAAAGGUUGGGCUCUGCAUUUCAGGUCAUGCCUUUGCAAAUGUCCAGAAUCCCUGCAGUUUGCCCCUGCCACAGUGGUAACACAGAGGUGUGACCUGCUGGUGCUGCUGCUGAUUCAGCUCUUCCGACUGAGAGAUCAGCCCAGACAGGAGUUGCUGAAAAUGUCAAUUAUCUCCCUCCCAGAACCUGCACUGAAGCGGGCUCUGUAAACCAGGAAAUUUGCAUGUCAGGCAAAAUCCAGUAUUGGUGAGGACGUGGCCUCUGCCUGAAGUAGUGCCCAGCCACUGCUUGCACUGUUCACACAAAGCCAGUGCUCUGUAACAACACCAAACACGCAGCUGGUUCAGAUGCCACGCAGCAAUGACUGCACCCUUCUGGAAAACAAACCAGCACAGUCCCAAGCUUGGCAAGCGUGCCAGCAUCUGAAACUUUAUUGCUGCUUUUCCAUCCAAGAAAUGGCAGAAGGAAUCCUUCCUGAUUGCUCUUACAGCAGGACAGGACACCUGAUGGAAAGGUAAUCAUUAUCUUACCAGCCUCUCUUCCUUCAUCACCUAAACCAAGCCACCCACUCCCAUCUUACUCUCAGGUGCAGAAGGAGGAACAGAAGGCCUUGAUGCCGUGCAAGUGCUGCUCAGCAACAGUGAAACGCUGUUCUCUUGUCAGCUCUGCUUUGGUCUCAGAUCUGCAGGUCAGCACUGCACCAGCUACUGUGAAAAAAAAUAAACUCUUCCAGCCAAACCCAGUGCAAUUCCAUCUCCAGGCGUGGUCCAGUUCCUGACAACCCUCUCAGUGAGGGACUUGUCCCCCAGCUUGGACACACAUCUAGAAUUGCAGUGUUUUAAGAGCAGAGUCCAGCACUUGUUUGUCCUCGUUAGGUUUCAUUUGUUGGUGAUUUCUCAAGUGCACCAACCCGUCCAGAUCUCUCUGUGGUGGUCUCUCUACCCCCAGGGGAAUUAGGGUUCCUUCUAUCAGAGUUUCCUUCUGUCACUGGCCUGGGGAGCACAGCUGGGGACUGGCUGCCAGCUGAAGGCUACCUGGAUUCCCUGGAGCUGCUCUGAGUCUGUGACAGUCCCAGCUGACAGCCGGGAACCCGGGGUUAUCUGGGAAGGUAAGGAUCCAGGGAUUUUCCUUAAUAACCUAUGGAAUAACACAGUGGUGCUCCUCUGAUCGAUCACACCAACCUACAAAGGAAGAGUUGUUUUCCUCCAUGGAUAAAAGUGAACCCUGCACAAACAGGCCUGGCGUGUACAGACCAGCCCAUGCUCCAAACCCACCACAUUUUGCAGUGACACCAUUCUCAGAUCCAGACAUGGACACACUGCUUCCCUCUGCUCAUUUUGAUGUCAUUCCCUGCAGCUGGGAGGACAGAGGAGAAUGGCACCUCCUAAAGGCUUUGACUUUAAUCUCCCCACACCCUUGGGCUUCUCGCUGUGGCUUUGUUGGUACACACAGAAAUAUGGCAGCAAAUAAGAAUGCCAAGGCCCUACGAAGCUGUGGAAGUUUCCUGGAAAUGUCUUAUCCUGAACCCCAAGGAAACAGAAAAAUUCCCUAAAAGGAGAGUUUGGUCAGCACAUUGGGCCCUUUGCUCUCCACAAAGGCUUUUUUUUAAAUUAUUUUAAUUUAUUUUUAUUUUAAUUUCAUGGAAAUAGUCAUUAAUUGCAUGAACGUUCAGGGUCCAUGUGUUGACAACCCCACCUGUGAAAAGUCUCUGCAAUGCUUGGAAGGCCUUCAAGCCAACCUUUUCCAGGACAGCUACUGGAGCCAGGUAGAACUGCAUUUAAAAACCCAGUUUUUACAGUUUGUUAACAGUGUGCCUGCUGCUUUGCAGGAAGGCAGGAUUCUCCUCUGUGAUUUACAGUAAAACCAAAGUUAAAGACUUCAGCUACUGCUGAUUUUACUUACAUGGGUUUCUUGUAAGACUGCUCAUGACACGUUUGUAGUAUUAUGGCUUCAGUUUAAAAUAAAACUUAUGAAUAUUUAUUUUCUGUUGUCUGCCUGUUUCACAAGCUUGUUCCUUAGGGAUCUAAUUCCUUUAGUAUAUAGAUCUGCACAGGUUUUUGAUUUGAAAAAGUGUUCGUUCAAUUGUUUCAAUGGUAAUCUCCCUACCUUUUAAGCUGUUUUUGGGAUGAAAUCUUGGUAUUUAUUAUUUUUUCUUUCUUUCCCCUUCCACUGCUCCUCAGUUCAUCUUUCUAGUAACUUUCAAAGAGAGUGAUAUUUAUUUCGGUAGUUCAAUUUCACUAACGUGAAAGGGGGACAGGACGCUACCGUGACUCGUGUGAGGCUCUGUCAGAUUUCAGGCUUUUACCUCCACUGUGUGGCAGCUCUUCAGAACCGACUUGUGCUUUUGUGUAGAAGCAGAAGGAAGGGCAAAGAUGAGUUUACUAAAUAGGUUAAUCCAGCAGUAAUUCAGACUUGCAAAUAUUGCUUCAAUGACGUCGUUCUUACACUUCAUUUGAAAUCUUACCAGUGUUCACUCAUCUCCAUUUUGGGAUGGGUACAUUGACCAAAUUAUAUUUCAGCAGAAUGCACCAUAAUAUAAUUUUUUUGUAUAAACAUACUUAUCUAUUUUCUGACCAUCUGUGUACAUGUGUAAAACACAACACUUGCAUCAACAUUUUCCUUUAAUUCCCAGAUGAGCCCUCAAGAAUGGGCUGCUUAGCUCCAUUUAGGAACACCAGGCUGCUCAGCUAUUGAGGGAAAACAGAAUCAGCUGGCCCUCAAAGCCAUUUGGAUUUGGGAGCUGGCUUAUUGAAUUCCAGACUGCAGGUGAGAGGGCUCAGGAACGAACAUCUUAGAACAAAAACUUUGUAAAGUGCUUUUUGCCUUUAGUAAGGAAUGCUUUGUUUCAGGUGUGCUGCUGAGGGACGUGCAUGAGCUGUGCUUCUACCAGCAAAGUGAUGUUUCCACUGUUCCACACGUAAAGCAGGGCUGAGAAGCUCUGAACUCUUGUCCUGUGUGCCAACAGAGAUCCUGGUUUCUCAAGUCUGUCAGCUUUGUAAGUGGACUUUCAGCUUCAAUAAAAAAUUUAUGGCUGAUGCAUUCAGAUGCAGGUAAAGUGACCCCAAAAUUCUGAUCUCUGAUCUCUGCAGAUGAAUUGUGGGGUUUGUCCACAACAGUUCUUUGCCUGAAACUGGAGUCUUUCUUCUGCUUAGAAACAGCAGGAAAGUGAGAAAUUGUUCUGAACAGCCUUUGUUUUAUGGUUUUAGUUGUUUAUUGCAUCAGGUUUUGGGAUAGUUUACCGCAGAAAUCUGUUUAUGAACAUAUCAUUCAUUGUAAGGAUGAAUGGAAUUUUUAGUAUGAAAAACUGAGAACUUUUAGAUUUUUUUUCUUUUCUAUUCUAUAUCUCAGCCACCUAAUUUUUGGGUGCUGAUGAGUUAAAGGGGGGUGUUCUUUCGCCAAAAUUCCUGUUUCCUCCUGGCAACUAAACGUACAGCUGGCUUGAAAGAAUUAGAACUACAAAGUUGUCUGUAAUGACCAAAAAAAGCACUGUAAAAUGAAUUUUUAAAGAUGUUUAGAUCUUUUAAUAUAUUAAUAACAUAUAUUACUAAUUCAACUGGAGUCAGUUUUGUCUCCUGCUCAAAAAUGCUCAUCAAUCCAGAUUGUAAUAGAAGGCAGCUCUUGCCAAGAGCAUCUUUCUAAAAAUUAAUCUUGUUCAUGACCACGAGCAUACUGAAGAAUUUAAAAUGUAAUUUAAAACGGGGGAUAAACCAGGGCCCUUCUUUUUGUGCAAAUAAAGUAGCCUGGUCAAGAUUGCCCCCUCUGUUUCUGCAAGAGCUGCCACCUCUGCCCUGAGGUGGGAGCCAGUGUGGUUGGCAGGGCAGUGCUGUAAAUGCCCUGUGAAGGAAAUGCACAGGGUUUUCUCCAGCCAGCCUGGUUUUGCUCGGCAUUCUGAGCCAGGUGUUUGAUUUGCUGGAUGAAGGAGUCCUUUCCAACACCUAGGAGUGCUUUUGCAGCUACUGUGCUCUGUCCAUCUGGAAUUGCUGACAUCUGAGUCCCAGCAGGACGGGCUGGGAACAACAGUGCCUGUAGUCUGUAGGAACUCUGGGCUGGAGAAAUGGAGCUGGGGAGUAUAAAACUUCAGAACUGUUAUGGCUUACUACAGGAAAUUAAAGGAAGAGCGCCCUGAUGUGGCAUAUCAGGCUGGAAUACUUGCCUGACAGGUUUCACAGAUAAUGGCUUUUCCUACAGCUAGCUGCAAAAGAGAAGAUCUGUUCUCCACCUGCAUGCUGCUAUUGUGAAUGGCUGAUCAUGGCUCCCUCUUGAUCGCCCUUUUCAAUCCCAUCCAUUACUUUUAUCCAACACUUUCCUUUUUUGCAUGCUCAGGAGCAAAGAAACAGUUUUUCCUUUCUUGAAAUACAAAUAAAUGUUCUACAGAGGGAAGCACAGCCUCCCCCUGCAGGCCUUUAUCCUGUUCCUAAGGACACUCAGUGCUGUGUCACUGUUCAGAGAGUCACUGAUCAAAUCUGUUCCCGUUGCACCCCAGGCUGCCUGGGCACACAAGGAAAAGCCUCCUCCCAUAGAAAGAGUAACCAACACCUGGAAAUUCAGCGGGAAAACCAUCGAAUUGUCCUUGUAGGGACAAUUAGUAGUAGACUACAACAAAGUAGUCUUUUAGUUUUGUAACUCUCCAAUCCUCACUGUUUAGUAACAAAGAAAUCUAAAACAAAGCAAACAGACAAAAAACCAAAGCCCCAAAAACCCCGUUGCCCAAAAGAACACAGAAAGAGAAAAUAUACCAAUAUUAUUUUAAUAAAAAUAAAUUCUUUCACCCUCAGAAAACCAGGCAAAUUUAAUUCUGGUUAAUUGUGGUUCUCAUGUGUUAGGUUAAUGAAGUUCAAUAGUUUAAAAUAUAAAUAAACAUGAAUUUAAAAAAAAAAAAAACAAGUAUAAAAUAUGAAAAAUAAUAUCAAAACUAUAUAUGCUAUAUAUAAUACUGUGUAUAUUGCUAUCAUAUUCUAUAUAUUAUAUCCAUAGAUAUGAAUGGAAAAGAUGAAAGGUAAUGAUCAAUAUAAAAAUAAUAAAUAUAAAGAAAUAAUGGAAUAGAGCUUAAAACAGAGGGGGUUUUUUGGUUUGAAUUGGCUUGGUGGCAGGGGUUGUCUUUUAAGCGGUGGCCGGGUGUCUUUCGGGGCGUUUCUUUCAGGGGUUUCUGUGCCCGUUCUCUCCGGGGGUCCCUGUCUGCGGGUCCCCGACGCGCGGGGAGCCCCGGGCCCGUCCCAGCGCUGCCGCCCUGUGGACACAGCGCGGUGCUGCAGCUCUGCCCCGCGCCCGGCCCCGAGGAGCCCCGGGCUGGGAGCUGGGUCCCAGUGCCCGAGUGCGGUCGCUCCUGGCCGAUCCCGCGCUCCCGGCCGUGUCCGUGCGAUGGCCGGGCCGCCCGCGGGACUCGGCAGCAGGAAAACACCGAGCGCUGCGUGUUUAACGGGAGCCGGCCCCGCUUGCCCGUGCGGCGCCUCGGCCCGGCCCGCGCCGCCCUCAGGGAGCCGAGCGGAGCUGCGGGAGCGCGGGGAGCGGCACCGAGUGCGGUUCGACCGUGCCGAGCUGGCCCGAAGAGCGGAAUCUAAGCGACUGCAUCCGGUCAUAGCCGAGCUGUGCCGAUGAUAGCCGAGUGUAGCCGAAUGACCGAACAGAGCCGAGGAUAGCCGAACAGACGAAAAUAGCCGAGUGUAGCCAAACAGACGAACAGAGCCGAGGAUAGCCGAGAAUAGCCGAGGAGCAGUCCCGGGGCGGUGUCCGCCGUCACUGCCGCCGUCUCGGCGGGCGAUUCCAAGGCGCUGUCGGGCUCGCUGCCGGCCCCUCGGCGGGCGGGCGGCCGGGACGCGAUGGCGCUGUGCCCGGAGCUGGAGCGCUCGCUGUCGCUGCUGCAGCCGGGCGCCGGCCGGGCCGAGCAGCAGCAGCAGGAGCGGCGGGCGGACGCGGCCCCCACGCCCAUGGUGUUCAUGUGCGCCGGCUGCGGGCGCCCCGUGGGCGACACCCGCCCCUGGGGUUCAGUGCCGAGGACAGCGGCCCCGUCCUGCUGCGCAGUGAGUACCAGCGCUGCCACCCCCGCGCCGCCGCGGUCGCUGCCGCCGUGCCUCCUUCCCUGCCUCCCGCCGCAGCUGCGGCCGCCAGCGUCGCCGCGGACCCGGGGCGGAAGGGCUCCGAGCUCCCCGGAGAGUGCGGAUGCAUGGUAGAAACCCUAUUCUGCUCUGGCUGCUCCAGGACCCUUGGCAGCAGAUACAGGCACGCCUCAAGGCAUCUCGACUGCAAGAGAGAUUUGUUCUGUGUCCGUACUGACUCUGUUGAAAGGUAGGAAGAGUUGGGAGCGAACAGUCUGAGGAAGUGGACUGUGGAAGCUGAAGGUUGUCCAGCCAAAGCUGAGUGUGUGGCUCUGACACUGACCAAGGCUGGAAAGAGUUACUGUGUGGACAGUGGAUGUUAGAGCCAGGUGAGCUUUCACAGGAUGAGAGGAGCAAGGAGAGAAUCGAAUGGAAAGAAUUGCUGAGAUCAGGUUUGAGCCCUUUCUUUGGGUUUGGGAUUUGUUUGGGGUUUUUUUGUUACCUAACACUACUUAGCACUUACUUACUUACUGUGAGAUUUGAAGUUUUCUCCAAAAACUCAGAAUGAAUUUCCCCACUCUGCCCCACUGGUAGGCACCGCAUCUCUUAGAAAAGCUCCUGCCCUCCAUCUUCACUGCCCCAGUUUGAAGUAGUGCUCCAGUUUAGCCCGUAGUGAUGGGUCUUACAUCCUUUUCUGUUCAGGUAACCACACCAUUUUGUUAUUGACAUACCUGCCAGAGGAGCCUACAUUACUCCAGUGUAAUUUGUGAGGCAGUUUCUGCUCUAACAAGUUUUUGAAUGCUGCUCAACUGCAAGAGAGCUCCUUCUGGAUGUUUGUAGACUGUACCUGCUGAAGGGCUGAGGUGAGACCAGGAUCUGCAAAAUCUCUGACUCUCCGUGUCUUCCUGAGGCUGAAGCCAUGUUUGCUGUCAAUGACAACCCAGUGGAAGAUGGUAAAGACUGAAAACUUUGGGUUUUUUCCCCUGAAUCCCACGACUCUCUCUGCACCUGUGCCCUGCCUAUCUCUUAAAAGAGUUUCUGGGUUGAGAAGGGUUUUACCUUCUGCAAUCUUAUCUAUAAGUCAAUGAAAAAGAAUCUUUCUGUA